AUGAUAGUGGUAAGGGAAUACGACCCUAGCAGAGACUUAGCCGGUGUGGAGGAUGUAGAACGACGGUGCGAGGUCGGACCAAGCGGCAAGCUUUCUCUCUUCACCGACCUUUUGGGUGACCCGCUUUGUAGGAUCCGACAUUCACCUUCUUUUCUUAUGUUGGUGGCUGAGAUGGGUACGGAGAAGGAGAUAGUGGGCAUGAUUAGAGGUUGCAUCAAAACCGUUACAUGUGGCACAAAAAACCAAAACGACACCGUUAAGCCUCUUUACACUAAACUCGCUUACGUUUUGGGCCUCCGUGUCUCUCCUUCUCACAGGAGGCGAGGCAUAGGGUUUAAGCUCGUGAAGAUGAUGGAAGAAUGGUUUACGCAAACCGGCGCAGAAUAUUCGUAUAUUGCAACUGAAAACGAUAACCAAGCUUCCAUUAAUCUUUUCACGGGAAAAUGUGGUUACACAAAGUUCCGUAAACCGUCCAUUUUGGUUAAUCCGGUUUACGCCCACCGGGUUAACGUCUCACGUAAGGUAACCAUCAUCAAACUGGACCCGGUUGACGCAGAAUCUCUGUACCGGCUCCGGUUCAGUACGACAGAGUUUUUCCCGCGGGAUAUUGAUUCGGUGUUGAACAACAAACUCUCUCUCGGGACUUUUGUCGCUGUGCCACGUGGCAGUUGUUACGGGUCCGGGUCAGGAUCAUGGCCCGGUUCGGCUAAGUUUCUUGAAUAUCCACCCGAGUCUUGGGCCGUCUUGAGCGUUUGGAACCUUAAAGACUCGUUUCGGUUAGAGGUUCGUGGCGCGUCGCGUUUGAGACGCGUAGUUGCUAAGACCACGCGUGUGGUUGAUAAAACGCUGCCGUUUUUGAAACUUCCUUCGAUACCGUCGCUCUUUAAACCGUUUGGUCUUCACUUUAUGUACGGUAUAGGCGGAGAAGGCCCACGUGCGACAAAGAUGGUGAAGUCAUUGUGUGGACAUGCACAUAACAUGGCGAAGAAAGGAGGUUGUGGUGUUUUGGCGGCGGAAGUUGCCGGAGAAGAGCCGUUGCGGCAAGGGAUACCUCACUGGAAAGUACUGUCGUGUGAUGAAGAUCUUUGGUGCAUUAAACGGCUUGGAGAAGACUAUAGUGAUGGUGUUGUUGGUGACUGGACUAAGUCACCACCUGGUACUUCAAUCUUUGUGGAUCCCAGAGAAUUUUAAAUCUUUCUUUUUAAUCCUUAAUAAUUAUAGAAUCUUAAUAUUAACGUUCAUGUCAUAUAUAUUAGGGCGUUUUUAUUUGUAAACUCUUAGAUCUUUUUUUGGUUCCUAAGUUCUUGAUGAGUUCUGGAACUGGUCUUCUUGUUUUUCCUAGGUAUCUUGUUUUUUCUUUGUUUGUGGGUGGUGUUAGUGGUAAGAGGCAAUAUCUCCUACUUUUGGGUUUGUGUUUUCUUGUCUUGUAAAUGGAACUAGC